CCGCGCCCUUCAGAGGCCGCGAUGGCGACGGCGACGCGGCUGGUCCAGCGGCUCCGCAACUUCCUGGCCGGGCGGGACCUCCAGGCCAAGCUGGCGCUGCGGUACGACGAGAUCUCCAAGAGAAGCCAGCCGCCGCCUCGGCUCCCGGUGGGCCCCAGCCACAAGUUCGCUGAUAACUAUUAUUGCAGCCGGGACGGGAGGCGAGAGUCGCUCCCACCCAUCGUGGUGGUGGCGGGGCAGAAAACCCUGGCUGCGGGGGCUCAGGCUGGCAGGUUGGUAGAAGAAUGCUGGAAUGGAUUCUUGUGUCUCCUCUUGAGUAAGUGAGGUGGCUGGUAGUUGGCUAACAAGCCCCUCUAGCUGGAGUGCACCUAGAGAAGGGCAGCAAAGCUGGGGAAGGGUCUGGAGCAGAAGUCUUAGAAGGAGCAGUUGAGGGAACUGGGGAUAUUCAGCCUGGAGAAAAGAAGGCUGGGGGGAGACCUUCCUGCUCCCUGCAACUCCCUGAAAGGAGGAUGGAGCUGGGGUGGGGAGUGUGGUGGUGUUGGUGUCUUCUCCCAAGGAACAGGUGACAGGACAAGAGGAAGUGGCCUCAGGUUGUGCCAGGGCAGGUUGAGAUUGGAUCUUGGGAACAGUUUCUUCCCUAAAAGGGUUGUCAGGCCCUGGCCCAGGCUGCCCAGGGCAGGGGUGGAGUCCCCGUCCCUGGAGGGGUUUCCAAGCCCUGUAGAUGUGGUGCUGAGGGACAUGGGGCAGUGGUGGCCUGGGCAGUGCUGGGUUAAUGGUUGGACUUGAUGAUAUGAAAGGUCUUUUCCAGCCAAAAUGAUUCCAUGAUUUUGUAAAUAAACCUGUACUGCAAAUUAAAUCCAAGUCUGUUUUUUAAUUAAAGC